CGACAACUCAUUGCCAAAUACAGGCUUCAGAACCUUUAUCCAAGAGUUAGCCAAGGCACUGAAAGUUUCAGCAGUCCUGUCUCAGUCUACAGCUCCAGCAUAAAUACGAGUUCAUUAGUUACAAGGAAAUUUUCUUUGGAGAAAGUACAAGGUUACCAUAACACCGUGAAAACAAUAUGGCUGCCGAAUAAGAACAAAUCGAGAAAAACAAAGGCGUCCAUGAUCUACUUAUAGGCUUCACUGAAUCACAGCAAAAUGCCGAAGAAAGGCAAAAAGGGAAAGGGAAAAGGAAAGAAAGGGAAAAAAGGAAAGAAGGGAUCUAAAAAGAAUGAGUCAGUUGCAAAGAUUGCCGUGGCCAACUCUAAAGUUUGGGAAACUCGGCUGGAUAUUGCGGAGUCAUCCAAACAAGAGUACAGAGAACAUGCUAAUCAGCUGUUGAAGGAAAAUGACCAGCUCCAGGAUAUGAUUAGAAUAACAGAGAAAGACACAAUAGAAUGUUUUACGCUUUUACAGAAAAAAGAUGAAGAGAAGAAAAAUGAAAAUGAAAGACUAAAGCAGUCAAUCAGGGAGCUGAAAAAAGAACAUAGGAAAGAAAAAGAGAACAUUGUAGAAGACUUCAGUAAACAGAUCAAUGAACUGGAAGAAAAGGUGUCUGAGAAAACCAGGGAGGUGGAGCUGAUGCAGAGCGAACUCAAGGUGGUUAAGGAAUUUAGGAGGAAGAGGGGACAGAUGCAGAAGGAGCUGGAUGAUAUAAAAGAAUCCAUGUAUAAUGCCAACCGUGACCACAAAGGCACACUGACAAGAAUGGAGCAGAAGUUUUUUGAAGAAAAGAUGAGGUUACAACAGGAGGCAAAUCAGAAAAUAGCAGAAUUAGCAGAGAGAGCUCACACGGAGGCUAUAUCAAAUCUUGACGAGACCACAAAAUCUGUGUACAAAGAGAAUGUGCGUUUGUCAGAAGCCUUAAGUUACCACAUGAAGGAAGGGGAGGUGCUGAAGAAACUGAGGGACAGGCUUCAGGAGGAGAAUGAACAGCUGCAGGGAGACAAGGAGUUGAAUGAUAUGAUGGUCCAAGAGAAGAUUGUCCAGGUCAAAAAUCAGAAAGAACAGAUCAGACAGUUGACAGAGAAAACCCAGACUUUGGAGAAGUCUCUAAGCCACAUGUCUAGAGAGUUCAACACAGAAAAACGAACAAUUGUACAUCAGGCUAGAACUGAAAAUGAAGCAGCUAAGAUUGAGCUGGCAAAACUGCAAAGAGUAAUCGACCUUAAAACUCGAGAAAUGAACAAGGUUAAAAGGCUGGCUAAAAAUAUUUUAGAUCAACGGACAGAACUUGAGCGAUUCUUUCUGGAGUCGCUAGAGCAAGUUCGUAUGGAAAUUGCUGCAAAUCAAGCCCAGUAUCGUGUUGAUGCCCAGGCAGCUUAUCAGCAGAAAAUGCUGAAAGCCUUUGCAGGGAAAGGGGAUUACCCUAAAAUCCGUACAUUUAACAAAUCUGGCAUCAGCACAAACAGUGUAUAUAAAGAUCUUGAGGCGGCUGAAAAAAUGUAUGACAUUUCCGGUAAAGUGGACAUCAGUGAUCUGACCUGGGAACAGAAGGAGAGGGUCAUUCGCUACCUCUUUGCCAGAAUGAAUGGAGGGGCCAAGGUCACGAAUCUAAACCCUGACCACCCAGCACUACCAGCCAUUGACAACAAGGUCCAGCGACUCAGCAUCACACAUGAUUCAAGUCCACCUGAUGAACCAGACAACACAUUUUUGACCCAGGCCAAAAUGGAUGCACCCGAGAAUCUGCCUGAUCCAACACUACAAGCAAAAUCCAAUACAUUUGUAGCUGAAACAGCUCAAGUUUCCUGAAAAAAAAAGACUAAAGGCUAACAUGUCACAAUGAAUUAUACAAGUGACUAAAAAAUUCAACCUGGGCAAUAUCGAUUGAUCGAUACGUACAGGGCCUGUGUGUAUGACUUGAUGCAUGUGUCAAAAAUUUUCUCUAGUACAGUAAAACACUAUGUGAUACUUAAUUAUGAAGAGCAUUUACUUCUGAAGAUUUUAUUUGAGAGAGUGAAGGGUGGAUGUUUCUUUGAUAUGAAUGAGUAAGAUGUGCUUCUAGUAUGAGACAAAAACAAUGGAGUAAUGCAAUUAUUGAACCUCUUUUGUUACUGCUGUAUUGUGUAAAUCCAUCCCCCAAAAAAUCUAUGUAUCUGUGAUAGAUUUAUAUUUUGUUUCUAAUAAAAUUGUUUUGAAUAUAAAA